AUGUGUAUUUCCUCCUUUUUAUAUCUUAUUUUUUUAUUUGUACCCCCAAUGGAUAGCCAAUACAUAGAAUCACAAGAAAAUUUUAGUACAAAUUUACCAGAAAUGACAGGAACAACAAUCAUGGCCGUGAAAUACGACGAAGGAGUUUUGGUGGGUGCUGAUUGUAGGACUUCAAUGGGUACAUAUGUUUCAAGUAGAUUUACUGACAAGUUAACUAAAAUUUCUGAUAAUAUUUACUGUUGUAGGUCUGGUAGUGCUGCUGACACACAAGCCAUAGCACAAUACGUUAAGGAAGUUGUGCAACGAAGCUCGUUUAUUGAUAAAGAGAUACCCUCUGUAAAAAAAGCUGCAAUGAUUGCAAAAGAAAUUAUAUAUAAAAAUCCAAGCCUUUUAGCGGGCUUAAUAAUUGCAGGAUAUGAUACCAGCCCAAAAAUUUAUAAUAUAUCACUUGGUGGGACAAUUACAGAGGCAGACUGGCAAAUUGGAGGAUCGGGAUCAGCAUACAUUUAUGGAUUAUGCGAUACUCUGUAUAAAGAUAAUAUGACACUUGAGGAAGCUAUUGAAUUUGUUAAACAAGCAAUUACUUGUGCGAUCAGGCGAGACAAUGCAUCUGGGGGAAGUAUUAGGAUGGCCUCAAUUUCUAGAGAAGGAGUUAAAAGAUAUUUUUAUUCUGGAGAAAAAAUUCUUAAUUAA